AUGAAUUCAAAAUUUUUAAAAGAAAAUGAAAUUUAUUUUAAUGAAAACGAUGAACUAUGUUUAAAUUGUGGAAGACUUUAUUCACAUGUAGAGGUUGGAAAUUAUCCAUUCGAAUUUAAUGACAAGGGAAUAGUUCGAUGUUAUGGUAUCUCACAAUAUCCUCAAACUAAAGAAUAUGUUAUGGUUCUUGAAUUGAUGAUGGUAAAUCUUUGUGAUUGGUUAAAUUCCGAUUAUAACAAGCAUAAUUGGGUAGAUAAUUUAUUUCUUCUUAAUCAACUAAUUAAAGGGCUCAAUAAUAUUCACAUGAAAGGAUUAAUUCAUAGAGAUUUCCAUCCCGGUAACCUUUUGAUGAGAGAAAUUUCCUCGAAAUUUGCUUAUAUUUCAGAUUUAGGAUUAAGCGGUCCAGUUGAUAAUGAGAGGAAAUCAAAUGGUGAAAUUUUCGGAGUGUUGCCUUAUUUACCACCUGAAGUAUUAUUAGGAAUGCCAUACACUCAAGCUGCCGAUAUAUAUGGUUUAGGAAUGAUUAUGUAUUUGAUUGCUACUGGAAAUCAACCGUUUAACGAUGUGGCACAUGAUUAUCUUCUAUCAAUAGAUAUAUGUAAAGGCAUACGUCCUAAAAUUAAAAGAGAAGAAAUACCUCUAUUAUAUUAUGAAAUAAUGGAAAGCUGUUGGGAUCAAGAUCCUUCCAAAAGAAAAUCCUCUAAAGAAUUAUAUCAAUUAUCAUCAAAUUGGUUUUUACAUAAAAAGUUGGAAAUAAAGGAUGAAAUUAAAAGUCAAUUAAAAGUUUAUGAUGGAUAUUUAUCAAAGAAUUAUGCUGAUAAACAAAAACAACAACUAUGCCAUUCACAAGCUAUAUAUACUAGCAGAUUACUUUGUUCCCUUACUCAACCUCUUAGGUAA